GCCGAAUGCAUGGCAUUGUGGGAAAAGGGAGCCUGUCGCCAUCUUGCUUUAGCGCCGCAGAUUAUCAGGGCAGAAUAAUAACCACGUUCGAAUGAAACAUUUUGAGACAUACGAAUGGUUUAGCAAUACAGUUUGAGCAAAUAUUGCAGGUAGUGAGGUGUAAGAGUAUCACCGUGCUAUUUCCAACGAUAGAACUAGCUAACUGGGAACGUUCGACUUGAGGAGGUAACGUUAGCCAUGGGUCGCUCGAGGAGUCGCAGUUCGUCCCGUUCCAAACACUCCAAAAGCAGCAAGCACAGCAAAAAACGGAGCCGGUCGCGUUCAAGGGACAAGGAGAGGUCCAAGAAGCGAUCCAAGUCCCGUGAAGCGAAGAGGAACCGGCGCAGAGAGUCGCGUUCUCGUUCCCGGUCAGCCACAGUCUCGACCCGCAGGGAAAGGGAGAGAGCGGUCACACCGCCGGAGAGAAUCGACAUAUUCGGCAGGACGUUGAGCAAGAGAAGCGCCUUGGACGAAAAACAGAGAAAAGAGGAGGAGGAGAAGAAGGUUGAGAUGGAAAGACAGAGGAAGAUCAACCCUCCCCUCUUUCUCUCCCCACCCAUGCCGUGCAGCCGUCAGGUGGAGAUAGAGGAGAAGCUGAUCGAGGAGGAGACGGCGCGUCGCGUGGAGGAGCUGGUGGCCAAGCGGGUGGAGGAGGAGCUGGAGAAACGUAGGGACGAGAUCGAGCGGGAGGUGCUGCGGCGUGUGGAGGAGGCCAAGCGCAUCAUGGAGCGCCAGCUGUUGGAGGAGCUGGAGAGACAGAGGCAUGCCGAGCUGCAGGCCCAGAAGGCCAGAGAGGAGGAAGAAACAUCCAAACGGGAGGAGCUGGAGAAAAUCUUGGAGGAGAAUAACCGCAAGAUUGCCGAUGCUCAGGCCAAGCUGGCCGAGGAGCAGUUGCGUAUCGUAGAGGAGCAGAGAAAGAUUCACGAGGAGAGGAUGAAGCUGGAUCAGGAUCGCCAGCGGCAGCAGAAGGAGGAGCAGAAAAUGAUCCUGGGCAAGGGAAAGUCCCGGCCCAAGCUCUCCUUCUCCCUCAAGGCCACCGAAUGAGCCUCUCAUCCCUCCUCUUGCACUCCUCCAUCCCCCCCAGUGCUCACCUUCUCCUCCUCUCUGGAACGCUCGCUGUGUGUUUUUAAGUGUGGAAAGCUGAACGAAGGGCUGCCGGAAGAGCCAUGGCUCCUUUCCUGUCACGCACCUCCCUGCUUUACAGACCUUUCCCAACCAAGCCUUGGAGGGACGGAUGCCCGCACACCGUCUAACACCUGUCUCGCCCCCUCCCUCUCCUCGGCCUCUCUCAACCCCUCCAUUUUUAAGGAUCUGAACUGUCGUGUAGAAAGCUGUCACUACUUGGUUCUGCCCUUACUUAGGUCUUACUUUGAACAGUAAGCAAGCUAGGACAGAAACUCAUAACUUGUGUGUGUGUGUCCAGUUAAGGCUCAUUAAAACUUUGUGGGUGGUUUGGGAGUUGGCCUGGGUUUUCCUGUGCCGUGUGUGUCUAACGUAGAAAGCUGACAAGGCAGGGGUAACAUAUGCAGUAAAGCACACAGUCACCUCCACUUUAGCUGACAGGAUUGUCUUCUACCUCCCUUCACCUCACAUCUGCUCUGAUGAUUGAUCCUCGUGUUUUUACCAAGUUUCAAUGUUUUGCUCCUCGAUAGUUUAGCGGCAAAUAGAAAAACCAAGCAUGUGAUCAAAGAUGCUCUGCUGCACAGGUGAACCCAGGCCAAUUCCCAAACUGCCCAUAGAGUGGCUCCGGGGCGCGUUGCAGGAUUGGAACAGGAUAUGAUGCGUCUCAUCCAUGGUCAGGAGGGGGGGAGGGGGGCAGACAUUUCCUGUAUGAUGUAAUAUUAGAAUUGCUGUGAUUUGGUGUCCUACUCCUGUAAAAUAGAAAUGAAUCCACACAACAACGAAAGACAAGCGCGACAGGGAUUUAUAAUCUUGCAUCAUUUUACUGAACUCUUAACUGUUCAAUCGCCGAGUGAAUUGUUCUCUCAAGUCAAGUAGACGGUGGAAGCAGUGCACCUCUGUUCCUUAGUUUUGGUGUAGUAUAUUAACCUCGCCCUUAAAGGGUCCCCUUAAAAUGACUAUUGGUUCGUAAAGGAUGUCCAAGUCCAGGUAAGAUUCACUAGCUACAUGUUGAGAUCUAACCAGGUGGAUGUGCAUGUUUGGAUGUGUGUGUGUGUGUGUGUGUGUGUGUGUGUGUGUGUGUGUCAGUAUGUCUGACUGGCUGAUCUCUGGUAGGUUUAAGGGGCUUCUUGAGUAAGUGAAACUUGUCUUGUGGUAAUUUUCCUGAUUGUGUUAAUGGGAACUGAACAAUACACCAAUAAAAACCAUUGAAUGCGUACAACUGUC